AUGUACACAUAUAUGGAAUAUCUACAGAAAUGCUUUUACAAAUCCACAAAUUGGAAUGAAGAUAAUAUUUUCUCCAACAUAACAGCCACUUCUCAAGCUAUACUAGAAUUUCCUAUACCAAAUGGGUUUAAAAUCGAUUCGUCUUCAAAAACAACAGAUUAUCUGGCAUCUUCUUUUACUUUAUCAAAUAAUCACCAAAUAAAUGGAUCCUUAGCUUAUUUGUACUCAUCAGUUCCAUUGAAAAAUACAAUGGGAACAAAAGAUGUUUCGUUACAGGAUGCCAUUGCUGGGUUUAGAAUUAUAGAACCUAUGGUUAGACUUCAACCUAAAUUCAACAAUAAAGCACCACAUAGUAAGAGUUCUUUACUUUAUGGAAGAAUGUAUUUCCCAGGAUCUGCAUUAGAGGCAAUGAUAAUUAAGCGAAUUAGUGAGAACACACAAUUGUUAAUCAAAUGUGUCAAUAACCCACAUCUACUGAAAAAUGGAACCAUGAUUGUUUACCUUCAAAAUAAUACUGCGAAAUACCUGAGAGAAUUCAUCUACUCCACAAAUGAAUCAUUAAUUGGAUUAAGAUGUUUAUACAAUUUAGGAACUCCUACUUCAUCUUCAACUGUAUCUAGUUUCAAUCCAAGAACUAUUCCUAAAUUUGAUAAUUCAGUGGUAUCAAUCGGUACGGAGUUGUGGUUUGCCACAAGAUCAAUGAGUCCAGGGUUAUCUGGUGCAUUGAGAUAUUCUACAAGAUCCACAUCAACAGGGAAACCGUUGACCAUGACUUUGGCAAUUAACCCAAUCUUGGGGCAUAUUUCUUCCACAUAUACAGUUAAAACUUCAGUUGCAUCCACAUUUUGUUCCAGGUAUGAUUUUAAUGUCUUUUCAUAUGCAAGUAACUUAUCCCUUGGGUUUGAAUUAUACAGUUAUGCCAAUAAGAAGAGGUCAGAUUUCUACAAUCACGAAAUAUAUUCAUCAAGUGAAGAAAAUAAAUAUUUGAAACAACACCCUGAAUUACAAAAACAUCAUAGAGUACCAAUAAGGGCAUAUAAACAUCAUGACAAUAGAACAAUCAUCAAUCCUAUACACAACUUAGAUAAUGUGUACCAUAUAAACCCAACUUUACUUUCAACCACUAGUGGAUCGGGUCAUACAAGUGAAACUGUAACAACUGCAUUCCAGAAUUUGGUUAAUGAGAGUGAUUUUUCAAGUGUUUUGAAAUUCUCGACCAGUUUAAAUGACAAAGUUGUUAAAAUACUAUGGGAAGGUAGACUUCGAGAUUUUUUAGUUAGCACAGGAGUUAAACUAUCGUUGAAUCCUGUUACCAACACUCCAGAAUUUAAUAAAUUAGGUAUAUCAUUUUCAUACGCUUUAUAG